UACACUUCUCAUCAGAUUUAAAGACAUUCAGCUUCUGACUAAUGUUGACUCCACAAUUGUGGCAUUACAUUCCGACUUGACAACUUUCAACGGAGUUUCUUGCUUGAAUAUGGAAGAGGCUGACGGAAGAAUAGUGUUACACUUGCAAAACGCCAUCGAAAAUGCGGGACUACAUAAUAUAAUUGUUCGAAGUUCUGAUACAGAUGUUCUUGUACUUCUAGUAUCUUUCUUUCUAAAGCUCAGUCAGAAAGGUUUAAAGCAUCUGUGGCUGCAAUAUGGAGUAGGAUCUAAACAACGCUAUAUUAGUGUUCACCAAAUUUCGCAGACUCUUGGAGACGACAAAUCUGAGGCACUGCGAGGUUUCCACGCUUUUUCGGGUAGUGAUUUCACGUCCUUUUUUGUGGCAAGGGCAAGCGUUCUGCAUGGGCAGCAUGGGACGAAUCUUUCACUAAUGCCUUUAAGGAGAUUUCCAACCCACAAACCGAAAUUAGUCCGAUCGUAUAUGCGGACUUGGAGAAAUUUACCAUAAAACUGUAUGGCGUAUGCAC